UACCAUGUGUGAGCCAACCAGGAGCUGCGCCCUGGUGGAGGACAACGGAAUCAGCGCUGCAUUCACGAUUGCUCACGAACUAGGACACGUCUUCAACAUGCAGCACGACGACAACAAGAAGUGUCUAGACUUCUUCAACGACACGGGUGAGACGUCGUACCACGUGAUGGCGCCGACGAUGGACCGACACACGCGGCCCUGGUCGUGGUCGGCCUGCAGUCGAUACUCCAUCACCAAGUUCCUCGACGCGGGUGACGGCGCGUGCCUCUACGACCUGCGGAAGCCGUCGGCCGCACACCGACGGCGGCAGAGUGAGCUGGAUCGACGCGGCCUCGCGGGCAUUACCUACUCCAUCAACCGGCAGUGCAUGCUCACGUUCGGCCGCGAGGCCGACAAGGUUUGCUCGUUCAUGCCGGAGUGCGGCCUGCUGUGGUGCAAGGGCUCGCUCGGUGACCGGACGGGCUGCCGCACGCAGCAUCUGCCCUGGGCUGACGGCACGAGGUGCGGCGAACAAUGGGGCAGCCCCGACACGCAGAUGUGGUGCAUGCAGGGAAAGUGUGAGCCGCGCAGCAAGGACCGUGUGACGCCAGUAGAUGGCGCCUGGGGCGCGUGGGGCCCGUUCGGCCAGUGCUCACGCUCAUGUGGAGGCGGAAUCAUGAAGUCAACCCGCGAGUGCAACAACCCAGUGCCCUCUAAUGGGGGACAGUACUGCAUAGGACUGCGCGUGAACUACUCAUCGUGUGAAACUCACGAAUGCGCAGACGAUUCCGACUUCAGGGACGAACAGUGCAAGAAAUUCAACGGACGCAACUUUGACAUUGCGGGUUUGGAAGAGGACAUCACGUGGGUCGCCAAAUAUGAUGGAAGUGAGUGGCCUUUAAUCGUCUGCUAUAGUGGACACGCCUGA